AUGAUAGGGGAGAGCCACACCCCGCGCACGUUAAGGCGCACCGCACCUUACGAAAAAGAAGAGAAAUUAUUUUCUCCCGCAGUUUAUGUGAAACAGUUUGAGUUUACCUUAGGUUCUGAGUCUAUAGGACAAUAUUCAGUAGGAGACUUGGUACAUCUUGUUUUCUCUGCCAAAGAUAAGCGAAACAACACGAUAUCCAAUACCGGGGAUUUCUUCCGAGGGUCUAUCAUUAGUGCUGAAUCAAAGUCUGGUGCCGUUGGUAUCGUCACGGACCACCAGAACGGUACCUACACGGCAACGUUCCGACUGUUGUGGGAAGGGGAGGUUACCAUUAGAAUCCAACUCGUCCUUCCACGACAAACUAUUGAUGUCAUAGAAAAAAACAGACGCGAGGAUCCUUUCGAGAUCAAAGAAGAGAUGGUCACUUUCCAGAAAAGAUUUGCCGUGGGAAAACGUAACGUCGAUACCCAGUGUAACGUAGACCCGGUCAUCUUUAAAGACAGUCCAGUUUGUGACUACUCUGACCUGCAUGCUGGCGUGCGGUGGUAUUGUGUAAAACCUGACAACAUCUCCUGCAAUACUUCGGGAUAUCUCUCUAGGCUGAGGUACAAGAAAACUAAAUCCUUCGGCCGAUGGCUAAGUAGCGUCCCAUACUCUGUUUUCCAAACAGGUCGUGAUCCUUUGGCCAAUCGCAGUCGUUGUGUCAGAGGACUCGGGACUCCACAAAUAUCCGGGUUUUUCCAAGAUGGCGUCUGGAACUCUCUUGUCUGCAAGAACAGACAUUUCUCUGACAAAACAGCCUGGCAGCAAUGUCUGUCUGGAAAAACUUUACAUUUCAUCGGUGACUCCACCAUUCGGCAGUGGUGGGAACAUUUGGUUCGAAUUUUGGAGAUGAAUGAAACACGUUUUCCUGGCGUCAUCCACAACACAGGGCCGCUGCUCGCCCGUGAUUAUUUGAACAACAUAACGGUAAAAUUUCAAAUCCACGGACCGCCUCUUCGUUUUGGCUGGACUCAAGAGUUUCACAUCAAAUAUCUUGCCAACGCCGUUGAUGAAGUGAGUGGGGGACCGGGCGAUGUGGUAGGUAUAACAAUCUGGGCACACUUCACUUCCUUCCCUGUAAAUGUUUACAGAGAAAGAAUCAAGGCCGUGCGUGCUGCGAUAGAACGUUUGCUCCAAAGAAGCCCGGAGACUCUUGUGGUCAUCAAAUCUGCCAACACGAACACUGGCAAUAUGCUGUAUGAAGGAGACUGGCUAGCGCAUAGGUUGGACAUGGUAAUGCGGGAAACGUUUCGUGGGUUAAACGUUGUUCUUGUGGAUGCUUGGGAAAUGACGAGUGCGCAAAACUGGCACACAGAUAACCUUCACCCUGCUGAGGACAUCAUUGUCCAAGAGCUGGAGUUUCUUUGUUCAUUUAUUUGUCCCUGGCCUCCAUCUUGAACAAUCUCUCGCUGUUACGGGCUAGAACGGGCCUCAUUUAACUCGAGAGAAUCAUCCCCAUAUCCAGAACUAUUGAUUAUAAAGCAUAUAUUUAAAAAGACUGAGGACUACAUACCCUCAGAAUACAAAGUUUUCAGCACUUGAAAGUCUGUCCCCGAGAUGCACAAGGUACAUUCAACUCUUAGAUUGUUAGAAAGAUCGGACCUACAUUGCUACAUUGUUCUUGCUGCGUUCAGGCUCUAAAAUAACGGUUAAUCAACUUGACAAAACAAACCUGAUUCAAUAAUCACAAUUAACUCUUUAACGAAUUAAUAUCAAUAUCUGAUGGAGUGGAGUAUUUCUUUAAUAUCUAAUGUGGUUGUGAAAUGGUGUUUAAGCUUCA